UCAUACGCGAUACAUCUGACCAUCCACCAGCCAUCGUGGCAAGCGUUCGUCCCGAUCGAAAAGGCCGUCUGGUCAGGGGCCGGGUCUGCUACCAAUGAUGGAUGGAUUUCUACUGACACCUCUGACCACACACUCACUAUGGACAGUAGUGGGAGGUCAGGCGCGCUGCUUCUACAGUCGUCUCAGGGCGAGCGUGUCUUCAUGGUAGUAGGCGUGCACAAUUAUGUCCGCUGGUGUGAUAUCGUGACGAGCAUCUCACCUGCAGACACGGCAGGCCAGAUUCUCGCGAUGUAUUACGGCGCUGGGGAGAAGGAAUAUAUGAGAUGGAAGACUUUGUCGGAGCAUAGCGUGCGCAGUGCGGCAGGGACCAGUUUCAGAGUCUGGUUUGAGGUUGGGGAGGGCCAUCGCCUCACAGCCAAGUUCUCUAUCAGCUGA